UUCUUCCUCUUACCAUAGUCCUCUAAUUCUCUGCUCGUUCCCUACCCCCAACCUUCUCCUUUACCUUUACCUUCCUACUGUGACGGGAUCCCGCGCUCCUCUACCUUCUAAAGUUUAGAUUCUCGCUUCGACUGACCGCUCAUCCUGAGCUAGGUCCUUGGGAGUUUGGAGGUGCAGCUGGAAAGACGGCGCUUUGACCAUCUCAGGAGCGAUGUCAUUUUCCCUGGCCCCGCAAGCAGCCUGAAGCAUUCCACUUGGCAGGGGGUCGCUUCUUAUACGAUUCCAAAGGAGUGCCCAGGCUUCACAGGCAGCCCUCUAGGUGCUGCAAAUGUUAAACAAAACCAGCUGCCAACACAGUUGCCAGAGUCUACUCCAACUCAUGGUGACCCCAUGGUGUCAGAGUAGAACCGUGCACCAUAGGCUUUUCAGUGGCUGAUUUUUGGGAAGUAGAUCACCCGAUCUUUCUUUGGAGGCCCCUCUGGGUGGACUUGAACCUCCAACCUCUUGUUUAGCAGCCAACUCCUUAACCGUUUGGACUGCCCAGGCGCCCAUAGUUUUAAAAGAGGUGACUGGACUGAAGGUGACUUUCUGUCUGUAGGUGGCAGUGAGGGAGAGAGGUGAAAUAGGAAAGACAUCUAAAUUGACAUAAAAGUGUAAAUUACUGACUUGUUCUCAGUUUUAUCCAGAAGGAGACAGAUCUUUCAGAAGCUUGAAACCCUGUAGCUUCUGUGUUUGUGUGUGUUUGUAUAAAGCUUUAAACUACUUGAUUAUUUUUCCCCAAUAUAUGCUUAUGUUUAAAGACUUAUUUAUGCUAAUAUUAAUUUUAAUUUGCAUGUCCUAUGUUGCCAUCACUAACCCAAAUUGGUUGAACAUCGGAGGUGAAUGGCCUUUCCUGAAGUCUUUCUAUGGAACCACAUGUAAACAGCCAAAGCCUAAUAGAUAAUUUGGUUUAGAACUGUAGGUGUUUUCUCUUAGGGAUGUUUUUGGAGGCGUGCUGGUAGGCUUCAUUAUUGUUCUCUAACACGUUCUAACCAUCAGUACCGUAUUUGCUUUGCAUAUUGCUUCUUUGAAUGCUUGAAGUCUUUGUUGUUGGAUCUUCUGAGAAAAUUCAGAAGUCCUAUUGCUGUCAGUAGUAGCUGUGUUCUUAUCUAAAAGUAAUGUUGAUUUCCAAGAAAUCAUUGUUACUCAGGACUCUUUCCUAUUGUUUGUCCAGGUUUAGGAGAACUCAUGAGUAUUUUGUGUGAAAUGGGUGUGAUAUUUCUUGUCUACAAUCUAGUCUCAGGCAGUUUUCAAAUUACCUUUUAUGUCGUUAGUAACUUUCAUGAUUUUUCUCACCCACCUUUUAAGCUAGUAAAUGUAGUAUAUGGCUUUCAAGAAGAUGGAUGACAAGGACCUCAUGGAUUAAGUAGAAUAAAAAUCAUAAUAGAUUUAGUAAUGGGAGUUGUUUUUGUUGUACUUAUUUUUAGACUUUGCUCUAUGCAUUUUUUACCUAGUUGAACGUACUACAUUUACUAUUUUGUGUCCUGAUUCUUUCACUUAACACUUUUUGAAAUUGUCUCCUUUUAAAAGAUAUUAUUCAGAACAUUUAAAACUUUUUAUUUAUAAAUAAUAUACUUACAGGUAAGUGCACAUAUCAUAAGUGUACAGUUUCAUGAAUUUCCACAAAUUGAACACGUCUGUGUAAUCAGUGUUCAGAUCAAGACCAUCACUCCAGAUGCCCGCCUUGCACUCCCUUCCAGUACUAGCCAUCGUAAAUGACCACUCCUCUAACUUCAAACAUCAAAGAUUCAUGUUGCUUCCUACACAAUAAUAAAAAAAAAAGAUUAGUUUUGCCUGUUUUCUAAUCAAAUUUUAAUAGUCACAUAAAAUUCUAGCAUUUGCAUAUGCUAUAAUUCACUUAUUCAUUUUUAUGUUAGAUAUUUAUGGUGUAUCUAAGUUUUUAUCCGUGACAAAUAAAACUAAAAGGAACAUCUGUUUAAUGUAUUAUUAGAGUAACUUUCCCAGGAAUGAUGUUAGUGAACGUAAGCAUUUCUGAGACUCUUCAUACUUAGUGCCAGUUUGUCUUCCAAAGUGGUUAAAACCGUUUUUACUCCUACUGGCAUAAUAAGUAAAUACAAUUUUUAUUUUAUAUAAAAUAUAAAUAUAUAAUAAAAAUAUAAAACAUAGUUGGUUCUAAUAUAUUGUAGGAUAGGAAAUGGUGGGUAAAACAGGAAAACAGUGCUGUGGAUUCUGAAGAGACCAUUUAUCCCAGGUGGGUUCAGGGAGAGAUUGUGAGCAUAUUAGUUAAAUGUAAGGACUUUGGAAUCAGGCUGCCUAGGUUUAAAUGCUGGCUCUUCUGUCUCAGUUUCCUCAUCUGUAAAAUGUGGAUGAUAGUAAUAAUACUUACCUCGAGGUGGCGUGGUGAGGAUUAAAACUGUGAAGUCUUUGUAGCCGUGCUUGGAACAUAGCCUGGCAUCUUGGAGAAGAUGCCUGAGUUGAAUUAGCCAAAGAACAUUUUAGGCAGACAGAAUAGUAAGAGCAAAUUCACAGAACUUAUAUUUGUAGGGAGCUAUAGGUAAUUCAGUGUUUCUUGGACAGAAAAUAUGUAGUGGACAAAUGCAGAGAUGAGUCUGAGCAGUAAGCAGACGCCAGGGCAUGGAGGCCUUAAAUGCCUAUUUGUCUUUAUCACCACUUUCUCUCUAGCACCCAGUACAGUGCUUGUCAUAAAGUAGGUAUUCAAUAAUAAUAAUAAUAACAAUUAGUAAUCAUGAGGCUAUACUAUAUCCUCUACAUGUUGCAAAGCCUUUGAAAAAUUUUAAGGAGGGGACCACGUGACAUGAUCAGAUUUGCAUUGAUGUCACUGUGGAGAAUGGAUAUGAGGAGGCUAAGAGCAUGGUGAGUAAGACCAGCUAAGAGGCUAUUGAAGAAGACUGGAACUAGAAAAAUGAUAGUAGCUAUGGAGAGCAGGGGCCAAAGUUAUAAAGUAGCACAUGCAGGAGGCAGAAAAGAAGAGAUGAAAUCAGACUAAUAUGCCCUCUUCCUUCUCUUUUCCCUUCUAACCAGUAGCCCACAUUUUUCUUACUUCUAAAUGUAUGUACACUUUGCUUCUUUGUCUAGAUCAGUUCUUGUUCCUGUUGGGCGUUUUCCAUGCUCCAUCAUGUUGAGGGCUAAGACUCGACUUUUUUUACUUUCACCCCAUCACCUAAAGCAGCUAAAAGAAUCACCAGGCCCGAGGCUCAAAUGGCAACGACUUCUACACCAGCAACAACCCCUUCACCCAGAAUGGGCUGCCCUGGCUAAAAAGCAGCUAAAAGGCAAAAACCCAGAAGACCUAACAUGGCACACCCCAGAAGGGAUAGCCAUCAAGCCCUUGUAUUCUAGCAGGGAUACUAAGGACUUUCCUGAGGAACUUCCAGGAAUGAAGCCAUUCACACGUGGACCAUAUCCCACCAUGUAUACCUUUAGGCCCUGGACCAUCCGCCAGUAUGCUGGCUUUAGUACUGUGGAAGAAAGCAAUAAGUUCUAUAAGGAUAAUAUUAAGGCUGGUCAACAGGGAUUAUCAGUUGCCUUUGAUCUGGCAACCCAUCGAGGUUAUGAUUCAGAUAACCCCCGAGUUCGUGGUGAUGUUGGAAUGGCUGGAGUUGCUAUUGACACUGUGGAAGAUACCAAAAUUCUUUUUGAUGGAAUUCCUUUAGAAAGAAUGUCAGUUUCCAUGACUAUGAAUGGAGCAGUUAUUCCAAUUCUUGCAACUUUUAUAGUAACUGGAGAAGAGCAAGGCGUCCCUAAAGAGAAACUUACUGGUACAAUCCAAAAUGAUAUACUUAAAGAGUUCAUGGUCAGAAAUACCUACAUUUUUCCUCCAGAACCAUCUAUGAAAAUUAUUGCUGACAUCUUCCAGUACACAGCAAAGUACAUGCCAAAAUUCAAUUCAAUUUCAAUUAGUGGCUACCAUAUGCAGGAAGCAGGGGCUGAUGCCAUUCUGGAACUGGCCUAUACUAUCGCAGAUGGAUUAGAGUACUGUAGAACUGGACUCCAAGCUGGCCUGACAAUUGAUGAAUUUGCGCCUAGGUUGUCUUUCUUCUGGGGAAUUGGGAUGAACUUCUAUAUGGAAAUAGCAAAGAUGAGAGCUGGGAGAAGACUCUGGGCUCACUUAAUAGAGAAGAUGUUUCAGCCUAAAAACUCUAAAUCUCUUCUUCUAAGAGCACACUGUCAGACAUCAGGAUGGUCACUUACUGAGCAGGAUCCUUACAAUAACAUUAUUCGUACUACGAUAGAAGCAAUGGCAGCAGUGUUUGGAGGGACUCAGUCUUUGCACACAAAUUCGUUUGAUGAAGCCUUGGGUUUGCCAACUGUGAAAAGUGCUCGAAUUGCCAGGAACACUCAAAUAAUCAUUCAAGAAGAAUCUGGGAUUCCCAAAGUGGCUGAUCCUUGGGGAGGUUCAUAUAUGAUGGAAUCUCUCACGAAUGAUGUUUAUAAUGCUGCCUUGAAGCUCAUUAAUGAAAUUGAAGAAAUAGGUGGAAUGGCCAAAGCUGUAGCUGAGGGAAUACCUAAACUAAGAAUUGAAGAAUGUGCUGCCCGAAGACAAGCUAGAAUAGAUUCUGGUUCUGAAGUAAUUGUUGGAGUAAAUAAGUACCAGUUGGAAAAAGAAGAACCUGUGGAAGUUUUGGCAAUUGAUAAUACUUCAGUGCGUAACAAGCAGAUUGAAAAAAUUAAGAAGAUCAAAUCCAGCAGGGAUCAAGCUCUGGCUGACCAGUGUCUUGCUGCACUAACUGACUGUGCUGCCAGUGGAGAUGGAAAUAUCCUGGCUCUUGCGGUGGAUGCAGCCCGUGCAAGAUGUACAGUUGGAGAAAUCACAGAUGCCAUGAAAAAGGUAUUUGGUGAACAUAGAGCUAAUGAUCGGAUGGUGAGUGGAGCAUAUCGCCAGGAAUUUGGAGAAAGUAAAGAGAUAACAUUUGCUAUCAAGAGAGUUGACAACUUCAUGGAACGUGAAGGUCGCAGACCUCGUCUUCUUGUGGCAAAAAUGGGACAAGACGGCCAUGACAGAGGAGCAAAAGUUAUUGCUACAGGAUUUGCUGAUCUUGGUUUUGAUGUGGACAUUGGUCCUCUUUUUCAGACUCCCCGCGAAGUGGCACAGCAGGCUGUGGAUGCAGACGUGCAUGCUGUGGGUGUGAGCACACUAGCUGCUGGUCAUAAAACCCUAGUUCCUGAGCUCAUUAAAGAACUUAGCUCCCUUGGACGGCCAGAUAUUCUUGUUAUGUGUGGAGGAGUAAUACCACCACAGGAUUAUGAAUUUCUGUAUGAAGUUGGUGUUUCCAAUGUAUUUGGUCCUGGAACUCGAAUUCCAAAGGCUGCUAUUCAAGUGCUUGAUGAUAUUGAGAAGUGUUUGGAAAAGAAGCAGCAAUCUAUGUAACGUUCUGGUUUUAUUUUUGUGUUUUUUAAUUUUUAUUCAAAUAUUCUUUCCUUUCUGAUCAAUGAAGAGGGAACAGCCAUGUCUUCAAUUUAAUUCAACACCUGUUGUGUACUUUUCUUGAAAGCUUUACAAUAAAAUACCUUACUUUUAAGCAUGUUGUCAUGCUGUAAGUAUGUAUAUACAAUUUCACUUUUAAAAUUUAAAAAGUCAUUAAAAAUCCUCUGUAAUACAUAUUCAGUACUUUAUCAAAAACUCUAGACAGAUAUUAUUUUUUAGAAUUGUGAUAUGUAUUAGAAAUAUUUAUUAUACAUCCAUUUACUUUCUAUUUUAAGAAUUAAACUUUACUUAAGAAAAUCUAACUAGUUCCAUCUUCAGUAUUACCUAGACUUGAGCACUAGAAAAUAAAAUCUAUAUAUGAAUGAAAUAACAGCCAUCU